CUGUCUGGUUCAGUCAGUGAAUGCUAAUCCGGCUAACCUCGAUAGCCAACCUCGACUUUUUUGUUCCGACGAGUGGUUUACCUACCAAUUGCGUUUGAUGUUGAAAUUCUUAUUUUGACACCUCUUUUCGAGUUUUUUAGUGACGCUGCAGAUUUUACUUGUUUUGGAAGAUUAACGACCGAGUUUUCGUGAAAAUUAGGUCAGACCGACACUUUUACUUGACUGCAGAUGUCCACAUUUCAACUUUUAAUUGGAUUUUACAUGAAGUUUCUUCAGGACACUAGAAUCGACAGACCUGCCAGGUUGUCACUUGGAUGAGUUUCUAUUAUGCAGUACUGCUCAGUUGAAUCUAUCUCUAUGGUUCGGUUCAAAGACAUGAGGUAGAUGCCUAAGAUGGAGAUGGGGGAAACUAAACCAUUAGGCUUUCUUGUGUGAUCGUGGGUUAUGAUUUGUGAUCAGCGUUGGUAAGAGAGACCAGUGUUCAUUAAGACAGUGUGGCGAUAGAGCAAAAAAUAUCAAGAUGAGUACUGAAGGUUACCAGUACCGGGCUCUGUAUGACUAUAAAAAGGAGAGGGAGGAGGACAUAGACCUCCAUGUUGGAGACAUCCUGAUGGUGACAAAGGGAGCCCUCUUGGCCCUGGGCUGCCCCGGUGGAACUGAGGAAAGACCUGCCGAGAUCGGCUGGCUCCCGGGGUUCAACGAGACGACUCAGGAAAAGGGUGACUUUCCGGGUACCUAUGUGGAGUUUGUUGGUAGAAAGAGGAUGUCACCACCGAUGCCAAAGCCACGCCCCCCUCGACCCCCUUCCUCUGCCUCCGCCAGGACUGACUCAGAGUCAGAAGGCUUUGGGUUGCCUGAUCUGCCUGAACAGUUUGCUCCUCCGGAGAUAGCCCCCCCGACCCUGGUCAAGCUGCUGGGGGCUAUAGAGGGUAAAGGUCUGGAGAGCGUGGCUCUCUACCGGUCACUGACAGGCAGCUGUAGUCUGGACCUCAGACAGCUUGCAGACAGCGAUGUGGACCAGAGUGACCUGCAGGGUGUGUGUGAUGGCCUGGUGAGGUACUUGCUGGAUCUCCCACACCCAGUAAUCCCUGCCUGCCUUCACCCGGAGAUGGUCCACGCUGUGCAAGAGGUGAGGGAUCCGGAGGAGUGUGGUCAGACGCUGCGGAGGCUGGCCAGCUCUCCCUCCUCCCCUCCCCAGUACUGGCUCACCUUGGUCUGCCUGCUGCGCCACUUCUCCAGGGUCUGUCUGAGCGGCAGCAGGAACCAGCUCAGCGUGCGUGCCCUGGCCGACACCUUCAGCCCGCUGCUCUUCAGGACACAGACCGUCAGUGAGUCCAGUCCAGACUGUCUGGUCCAGAUUUUAGAGGUUCUUAUCACCAGCGAACUCAACGAAAAUCAAGCAGCACCAGCGCUGCCUCCUAAGCCAGCCAAGCCACCCACCCCUGUCCCUCCCGCCGCCGGCCACAGCUUCAACAACAGCCUGAGCCUGCAGGACUCGGAGUGGUACUGGGGGGAUAUCUCCCGGGAGGAGGUGAACGAGAAGCUGCGGGACACGGCGGACGGGACCUUCCUGGUCCGGGACGCCUCCACCAAGAUGCACGGAGACUACACGCUGACGCUCAGGAAAGGGGGCAACAACAAGCUGAUAAAGAUCUUCCACCGAGAGGGAAAGUACGGCUUUUCCGACCCGCUGACGUUCAGCUCUGUGGUGGAGCUCAUCAACCACUACCGUCAUGAGUCGCUGGCCCAGUACAACCCCAAGCUGGACGUGCGGCUGCUCUACCCCGUGUCCAGGCUGCAGCAGGACCAGGUGGUGAAGGAGGACAGCAUUGAAGCGGUGGGGAAGAAGCUUCAUGAGUAUCACCUGCAGUACCAGGAGAAGAACAGGGAGUACGACCGCCUGUACGAGGAGUACACCAGGACCUCGCAGGAGAUCCAGAUGAAGAGGACAGCCAUCGAGGCCUUCAACGAGACCAUCAAGAUCUUCGAGGAGCAGUGUCAGACACAGGAACGCUACAGCAAGGAGUACAUCGAGAAGUUCAGAAGGGAGGGCAACGACAAGGAGAUCCAGAGAAUCAUGGGGAACUACGACAAACUGAAGUCGAGGAUCAGCGAGAUCGUCGACAGCAAACGGCACCUGGAGGACGACCUGAAGAAGCAGGCAGCGGACUACAGAGAGAUCGACAAGAAGAUGAACAGCAUCAAGCCAGACCUGAUCCAGCUCCGUAAGACCAGGGACCAGUACCUCAUGUGGCUGACGCAGAAAGGCGUGAGGCAGAGGAAGCUGAACGAGUGGCUGGGCAUCAGGAACGAAAACACAGAAGACGAGUACUCCAUGGUGGAGGACGAGGAGGACCUGCCCCACCACGACGAGCGCUCCUGGCGCCUGGGCAACAUCAACCGCCUGCAGGCCGAGAGCCUCCUGAGAGGGAAGAGGGACGGCACCUUCAUGGUCCGGGACAGCAGCAAGCCUGGCUGCUAUGCCUGCAGCGUGGUCGUGGAUGGAGAGGUGAAGCACUGUGUGAUCAACAAGACCCACACGGGGUACGGCUUUGCCGAGCCCUACAACCUGUACGGCUCCCUGAAGGAGCUGGUCCUUCAUUACCAGCACACCUCCCUGGUCCAGCACAACGACUCCCUCAACGUCACCCUGGCCCACCCUGUCUACGCCCAGCAGAGGAGGUGAUCACUGCUGCCCCACCCGGCUGGACCCACCACAGGCCCGCACAGAAGGCCCACGCAAAUACUCAAAGGGUGCACUUGAUUUAGUUAACCCAGGUACAAUGAAACCCAAAUGGAACAAUCCAAAAAGUACAACAGCAAAAAAAAAAAAAAAAAAAACUCCUCUAAAUGGUGUUUGGCCUGUGUGUAUUUGAGUCAGGUCAGGAGAGCAUCUGGAUAGGCGGUCAGACUAUAGAUCGCAGGAGCAGUAAAGCAGGUUUACAAACCUGACGUCUGUCUCGGGACACUUAACACUGUGGAUGAGUUCAUGGAGAGAGGUGUGUGUGUUGUGUGUGACAGUCUGAAGAAAGUGACAGAACACAACAGAAGUCUAAAAGACUUGAUUUCAAUGGUGCUCUGUACAACUCUCUUUUCAAAACAUCUGCCUUUAGGGUUGUUUAGGUGGUUAUGUUUGUGUGAGUGACUGUUUGUACGUGGGGGCGACUGAAGCCAAGGAAACUGUAGUUGAGCUCUGAAAUGGUCAAUAGAGCUUGAUACUGAUGUCAUAUCUCUACAAUAUUCCUGAAAUGGUGGGAUGUUACGUCUCCUGGUACUAGACAUGUGGAUGAUGCUAGACAAACCUUAUGUCUCUUCAAGUCUUAAGAAAACGUAAUGUUCGCGUCAGAACAUGAACACACAAACCGCAGACGGCAUAUCAAACGAAAAGACAAAAAAUGUUUUUGACAGGUGGGUUGGGCUUAAGUUUCUUUGCCC